ACCAGCCAACUUGGACAUUUCAGAGGACCGUCUGCUCGGAGCUGUCUCUCUGCUUGUUGCAUUAUAAAAUCCACUCACCUCGGCCCCGAUCACCAGUAACCACUUUGGCUCUCUUCGUCUUCCAGCUCUCCUCCUCCAGCAGCUGCCUGCUGCCGUCUACCAAUUCUUUUCAGCCAACUACCUCUUGCCCUGAGCACCCAGCCAAGACGAAGACAUAGUCGCUCCAUUGUCUCUCGCCUUGCUCACAUCCGCCGUUCCCUCGAGUACUCGACCAGCAAUCGUCAUCACCGCGGGCCUUUGAUCCCAGCUCUUGCUCUCUCUUGCUCUGAGCAUAUAUAUACACGCACACACGCACACAUCCACCCACUCCCUCACUCACGCACACGCAUACUCACACCCAAAAACCUUCUUCUCUCGCCCUCAAGACCCCUUUCGUCGUUGGCGUGUGCCCACCCACCCACACGCACACAUACCCCCGUUGUCUCGCGGCUGCCCCUUCGCGUCGGCCACAGGGAAAGUGCAGGCCUGCACUCCAUCCACCCCGCACCCGCCAAUAAUACCUCGCUGAGCCGCGCGGGCACCCCGCCUUGCCCGCCUUGUUCUGCCCUAUCCUGCCUGCCAGCUUGCCAGCUGCCUCCGCCGCCAUCCUGAUUCUGUCCCCCCAGCAGCCGGCUCCGAGAGAGAACUGAUAGGGGAGAAGAGGAAGCAAAAAAAAAAAGUUAUCGCCAGUUCCACAACCGCCGUUGCAACCAUCCACCCCACCCCUUCCCAUACCCAUACCCACGCCGUGGAACCCAAACGCCGUGUAACCAACCUGUCACUGUCACCAACAUGUGCAAUACCUUCGUACACACAUACCAGUGCGGCCACACAAUCAGGGAGAAGGCUCCUUGCGCCCCGUCGAGAGCCGGCCCCUGCGGCGUGGACAAGACGACCAAAGUCAAGCACGAUAGCAAAUGUGACAGUUGCGAUCAUCACUAA